UUAUAAAAGGGAGGUCUUUGCUCUCACUCCCAGCAGAGCUGCCUCUAUUGGGACAAGACUCAUCCCCUGAAUUAGAGACAGAUCGGCCUGUGUCUUUGUAGUCAGCAUGGGUCACCUUUCGUCCUUCCUAGCUCUGGUUGUUUUGCUGGGCAUCUCGGUGUGUGUGGGUCGCCCCAGGGGCCGUAUUCUUGGGGGCUACGAAGCUCCUCCCCACCUGAAACCCUACAUGGCUUCCCUGCAGGUGGAUGGGAAGCAUGUGUGUGGCGGGUUCCUGAUCGCCGAGCAGUGGGUGCUGAGUGCGGCUCACUGCCUGGAAGACAAGUACGGCAAGCCGUUCCAGGUCCUCCUGGGAGCCCACUCUCUCUCGCAGCCAGAACCGCACAAGCGCCUUUAUGGGGUGCGUGCGGAGAUCGGCCACCCCGGCAGCAGCAGGGACACCUACGAUGAUGACCUCCUUCUCCUCCAGCUAGAGGAGAAAGCGCUCCUCAACGAGCAUGUGAAGAUCCUGCCCUUCCAGAGACAAGACAGGGAUGUCCCGGCUGACACCAAGUGCGAGGUGGCCGGCUGGGGUGAAAUGAGCCACAGCGGGAAGCUGCCUGACAAAUUGCGGCAGGUGGAGCGUCCGGUGAUCAGCCGGGAGAAAUGCAACCUAAGGAUCCACCACGACAACACCAUCACGGAGAAGAUGAUGUGCACUGACUCCAAGAAGAAGGACACCUGCCCGGGGGAUUCCGGCGGGCCACUCGUUUGCAAUGGGAUCGCCGAAGGGGUGGUGGCUGCCGGCUCUCGGGUCUGUGGGAACUACAAGAAGCCUGGAAUCUACACCCGGAUCCCCCCCUACGUCGACUGGAUCGAGAGAGUCAUCGCUUCAACUAACUGGGAAUGCACCGUAGGGGCUCUGUUUUCCCAAGUCCUUGCAGCUGGGACAGGCGAUGAGCAUGAUGGAGCACGAACUCUGCUGUUAGACUUGGCCUCAUCCCACCUUCUCUCGCACCUCCUCUGUGCACGGUUCUACUCUCUGUGGCUCUGUGGUUUCCGUUUUUGCAGAGAAAGCACCUUCAUGCUGAUCCAAGCAAUUUGCUGCCCCCUUCAAAGGCAUAAGAGCCCAGCCGCGUUGUUAUUUCAGCCCAGUCCCGCUUCGAGGACACAGGAGAUGGAGGGAUACUGUAUUGUCCUAUUGGGGCUGCUGCUGGUGGGUUCCAGCCAUGCAGGUAAGCAGGAUGCUCUGAUCCUCGGGGGACGCAAAGUGGUGAAUCACUCCAGGCCCUACAUGGCCAUCCUGGAAAGCGAUUAUAAGGAAAUCCUGUGUGAUGGGUUCCUGAUCCAGCCAGAGUGGGUGAUGACCGCAGCCCAUUGCAGGAGCUCCAGAAACUUUCGAGUCCUGAUUCUGCUGGGGGUUGAGCUGCUGAGCGACUCGUCCAACCACUUAUGGGACAUCGCAAAGUUUCAUCCGCACCCUCAUUACAACCCGAUCACCUGGAAAAAUGACAUCAUGCUGGUCCAACUGAACAACCCUGUUCCCUACAAUAAAAAAGUCCAACCAGUGAAACUCCCACAGCAGGACAGGGAGAUCCCCAGCACGGCUGCCUGCAGCACUGCGGGCUGGGGACCCACCAGGGAUGGCGGGAAGCGCAGCACGAAUCUGCGGGAGGUGAACGUCACCUUGGUUCCUAGGGACUCUUGCACAUCAGUCUACAAACGGAAAAUCACCAGGAAUAUGAUCUGUGCUGGGAACAAGGAGCACAACACCUGCCAGGGAGACUCGGGCGGGCCGCUGGUUUGCAACGGCGUGGCUGAAGGCGUGGUCUCCUUCGGCAGCAAGGAAUGUGGCAAGACCCCAACGGUUUAUACCAAGAUCUCCAGUUACCUGCCGUGGAUCAACAAAGUCAUCAAGUCGGCCUGUUAGAGGAUCCAGGGGAGCUGCUUAACCCCCAUCCUUCCUGGCCAGCAACAUCUCCCUUCUGUGAAUCCUGCCCCAGCACCCCCACCAGGAAUGGCUCCCUCACCCUGCUCCCCAAGGGCUGCUAAGAACCCCACCCGCACUUGACUCUAUUAAGAAAAACACAAGCUGAGUAUGUGCUUGCUUUAACCACUUUAUUGCUGAACAGGACAGCAGGGGCUCACCCCAGCUGGGUCUGGUGGGCUCUGAUGGUGCACAGGAUAAUGCUGCUGGGGACCCAGGCCUGUCCUAAAGGCAGUGAAAGGAUUUAAUGGGGAAGAGAGGUUUUUACAUCUAGAUAAUCCAGUCUGGGAGAGUAAUCAUUUGUUCUCUGUUUAAUUCAGUGGUGACAGUGAUCAGUGCGAGUUAGUGGCUGCACCACUGGGGAUAAGAGCUUAUUACAGCUAGCAGGGUUACUCCUUUAGCUCAAGCAGUAGACACACAGCCUUUAGCACUAGGGGUCAGGUGUUUGGUCCCCAGUGACAACACCAGAGGAUGAUUGGGUGUCCAUACCCCACCUUCCCAAUCUCAGCCUGCCCACUGAUGCUACCGAAACUGGCCAUUGCCUGACCCCUGUUACAAUGGCUAGGAAGGGCUCCUGAUACUUCUCACCUUUAUUUGGCCCAUGCAAACUCAGGAUUUCAUUUCCUUUGUCCAUAGUUUGUUCCACCCACCUGCUAUUUCUUGUCCUAUAUAACUUGUAAAUUCUUUGGGGCAGGGACCAUCUCUGUGUUUGUACAACAGCUGGCACCAAGAAGCCCUGAUUCUAUUUUUGGAAGCUGCCAGGCCCUACCUGAAAUGCACAUAAUAAAUAACAAUAUCCUGCUGCUAUUUUGAUACAAUGAAGCCUUUUGUUUUUCACUGUGAAAAAUGCUUUCUGUCUGAUCCUAAUAAAUCUGCUUCAUACCUGG